UGAAAGGAAGCGCGAAUAGAUGCCGUGUUAUUAAGGUUAAUACUUUGACAACAUGGCAGGUUGGGCUGGUUUCACUGAAGAAGAUCUUCGGAUACUAAAGGUUUCUGUCAAAGACAGUCAUGGCGUCGCCAAAAAACCAGCCCAACUUAAGCGUCCAAGAACAGCAAGAAGCCAGUUUGUCAGUCAGUUUGGAGAGUCGCCAGAACCAGUCCUUCAUCCAUCACAGCGGCUGAGUCAACCACAAACUACAGACAAGCUAGCCACCAAUAAAACAGACAAGGCAGCGGCUAGUAGUCACCAUGGUAACACGACAACUACAGAUGUUGCAGCUAAGAUCCAGAACAAAGAUGGACAGCAUCCAGUAUCAACAGAUUCGUCCGUUGCCAGUGACAACGUGAAAGUGGUUCGGGAACUGGAUGAAGUUGAAGCUAUCAGUGUGGAUAUAAACAAAAUGGAAACCUUUCAGAAACAGCAAAAGAUGAUCCAAGAAGCAAACAAACAAAAACGAGAAUAUUUGACAAAAACCAUCAGUGAACGACAGAAGAAGGCGAAGGCGGAAAAUGCGAAGUUGACGAAGAUUCAGAGAGAACUGAGUCACCUUGACGACUUACUGUCAACAGAUGUGGGAAUAAUCCGAGACAAGAUCGAAGAGGCCAGUCUGCAGUACCAGGAGGCUCAGAGGAAAUAUGAAAAAGCAGAGCAAGACUUCAUCAAAGCGAAAAUGAAUCUGUUUGAAAAGGGAGAGACGAAGGAACAACUGACGGAGCAUCUCUAUACAAUUAUAAACCAGAACGAGGUACGCAAAGCCAAGAAGCUGGCCGAGCUCAUGAAACAGCUGGAGAUGGAGAUCUCAUUGGAGGAGAUGGAGAUACAGAUUCCAGCCAUUCCUCCACUGAUGAACUUCAACUCGGUUCACACGAUCAACAGUCCAUUACGCAAGAUGUCAGACGUCCCUUCUCACCAGAACCACGGCAGUGGAGGAUCACUGUCAGGUGGGACCAGUGAAAAACAAGGUAACAUUCAACAAGUGACCAAUGAGAAACAGGUUAACAUUCAACAAUCAACCAAUGAAAAAGCAGGUAACAUUCAACAUUCAACCAAUGAGCAUGCAGCUAAGACUUCAAAUGUGACCAGUGAAAAUGGAGUUAACAUGAAUGCGGCUCCAACUAGUUCAGAUGUUUCCGAUAAAACAACACUUUUACAGAUGUGUACACUGCCAGGAUCACAGUCAGAAUCCUGUGGUAAAGACCAGAUAGAAGGAAGUCAAAGAACAGAAGAAGUUACAGAUAAAACAUCUGGUCUGACCGAUCCAUCAACACCUGCCGUGAAAGAUCAGCAUGCUGAAAACAAAACUGUUGAAAGUAAUAGUGCAAUAUUGUCAGGAGCAGAUAACACUGGCACCAGCUCAAGUAAAAACGGUAUCAUUCACGAUACUAACCAAAACUGUUUAAGUGUUAACACAGCGGAACGUGCUGUGCCGUCCUCUUACACUACUGCAGAGUUGAACAAUAAUGGAAGUACUUAAGACUGAGAGUGCUUAAGUAUUUAAUGUUUAAUUAGUAUUCUGAAGGAAAGAAAUAAGGGAUCAUACGAUCACCACCUCCAGCAGGAAAGGGUGAUUGCAACCAAAACCAUCAUCCAUUGUGUCAGGAAGGUAACCGUGUUACUGGCAUUCAAUACCACAUUACUGACACCAGCCCAACAUUACAAGUUUGUACAGACAUCAGGAUGAUAAUAGGGACUGAAAUUUGGUUGACAAUAUCAAGUGUUCCCUUAUUUCUUUCUCAGAGUAUAUUGGAGAUAAUGAUCUAUUUUUGAUGGUGAUGUUUCAUUCUCUUUUGCAGUGACAUACCUCUAUCUACAUUUAAAUAUUUUGUACAAAAUUAUUCUCCCAUAUUGGAUUCAGUAAUACUGCUACACAUAGUUUACCAAGAGUAGAUAACUCUUACAGGAGUGGUAAAGAAAAGGUGGCUGUAUGUGAUAACAACGAAAGGUUUUAAGUGGUGUUCCAGAAUUGAUCACAUCUACAUGAAUGUGAGGGCAGCAGUUGUGUCAUAUCUAUGACUAUAAAACAAUAACAUUUUGUUUAACCCAACUAUGCAAAGAAAACAAAAUUGACCCAUGUGCUGUUCAAUUAAAAUGAUAUUAUUGCCUUCACCUCUGACCCCUUGUGAUAUUAUGGAACAGCUCUAAAUGUUGACUAAAGAUGCCUCUCUCUGUGUCUCUCUCUCUCUCUCUCUCUCUCUCUCUCUCUCUCUUCUCUCUCUCUCUCUCUGUCUCUCUGGCAGAGUUGAACAGUAAUGGAAAUAUUUCAUAUUUCUCUCUUUUAGACAAUCUAUUUUUGAUGUUCAUGUAUCAUUCUUUUUCACUUCAACAGAAUUGUGCUGUACAUGUACAAUCAUGGAAUUCCUUACUGUUUCGUUAUUUAAGAUAAUAAUAUAUUUUUGAUGCUGUUAUAUUCCCUGAAGCAGUCACAUAGCUUUCUUCACAAGAGAUACAUUAAAUAUAGACACUCAUAUUCUAAACAAUAAGCCAUAUUUAACAUAUUAAUUUUUAUUUGUUAAAAGUUUGUAUUAUAUUUAACAUGUUAUUUUUAUUUGUUGAAAAUCUGUAUUAUAUUUAAUAUGUAAUUUAGAUUUGUUAAAAAUCUCUGUUUGUUGGAAACGUGUUACCAUGGCAGCAAACCCAGGACUGUCUGAUGAAAACCACUGGGUGUGGUUAACCGUCCUGUUUCUCUCUCAUAGAGUUGAACAAUAUCCAGGUCCUGUUUCUCUCUCAUAGAGUUGAACAAUAUCCAGGUCCUGUUUCUCUCUCACAGAGUUGAACAAUAUCCAGGUCCUGUUUCUCUCUCUCACAGAGUUGAACAAUAUCCAGAACCUGUUUCUGUCUCACAGAGUUGAACAAUAUCCAGGUCCUGUUUCUCUCUCACAGAGUUGAACAAUAUCCAGGUCCUGUUUCUCUCUCACAGAGUUGAACAAUAUCCAGGUCCUUUUUCUCUCUCACAGAGUUGAACAAUAUCCAGGUCCUGUUUCUCUCUCACAGAGUUGAACAAUAUCCAGGUCCUGUUUCUCUCUCUCACAGAGUUGAACAAUAUCCAGAACCUGUUUCUCUCUCACAGAGUUGAACAAUAUCCAGGUCCUGUUUCUCUCUCACAGAGUUGAACAAUAUCCAGGUCCUGUUUUUCUCUCACAGAGUUGAACAAUAUCCAGGUCCUUUUUCUCUCUCACAGAGUUGAACAAUAUCCAGGUCCUGUUUCUCUCUCACAGAGUUGAACAAUGUCCAGAUCCUUUUUCUCUCUCACAGAGUUGAACAAUAUCCAGGUCCUGUUUCUCUCUCACAGAGUUGAACAAUAUCCAGAUUCCCAUGUUCAUACAUGUUAUUGUAGAUACGUCAACAAAUAGUACCUUACCUUGUUCAUUGUCAUUUAUUCUUAAAGGCAUACUGUCACGGAUUUAAUGACCUUAUUUCUCUAAAAAUGGAUAAUAACUAAAAAUUACAUUAAUUGUUGAAAACCAAAUCUAGCUAUUGCAUCACCUUA